CAACCGAGGCCCUCACAGCCUCUACGCGCAGUAACGAUGGUAUACGGACUUUGCAACGAAGCCAGGAGCUCUUCGCACUGCAGCGACCCGAGAACAGUACUCACAAAGCAUCCGUGAGCUCGACCAGCCCAGUGCUCUCCUGCAGUCUGCAGCUGCACUGCUCACAGAAACCGCAUAAAUGCCGCGCAAGCGCAAGCAACCCUCGGAGAGCAACAGGACCUACAAAACACCAGCACCAAUGCGAUUACUCGUGCUGGCAACAACGGCACUCGCCAGGAAGACGACGCGCGAAGAGCAGCACGCCAUCGCCGCCCUGCCUACGGUCAGCGGCAACCCGCUCGUCUCGCUCGAGCACAUCAAUUUGAGCAGCGGCGACAAAUGGAGUGAGCGCGUAGACGCCUUCUACUUUGACGUCUUGCGAUGCGCGCGCGACCCGCGGUCGCCGGCCGUGCUGGCCCGCACGAAUAGCGCGCGCGCGAAGCAGAAUAGGCCCGGCGUCGCGAAUCAGAGCUGGGCCAAUAUUGGUUUUCAACAAUUUCAUUUACUAUUUGGAGACGGUCUCGAUGAUGAGAUGAACCAGCCGCCCCAGCAGAGACUACGAGGAGAGAUCGUCCUCGCCUGGCCGCGUUCGAAGAUGAAGGGGCUCUACGCGCGGCUGGCCGAGUGGGGCGCUUCGUUUACUGGUAUCGGAACGUUUGAAGGUCCCUUCGGCAACCGCUUCCGGCUCGUCGCCGCCGACGAGUUGCUGGCACCCCUUCCGGACGCGACCGCGGACGAUUUACCGCCGGGCGGCGACUCCGAGGGCCUCGGCAUCCUGGCGGUGCGAUUCGACGCGCCGCGGGGCACGAGCGGCGCGAUCUGCGAGUUUUAUAGUUCUGUGUUUGGGGCGACGGCGGAGGCGGGCGCCGGGCGGUGCGUUGUUUCCGUCGGCGCCGCGCAGACGCUCGAGUUCGUCGAGGCCGACGACGUGGCGGCCUACGACGGGCACCACAUCGCGCUCUACGUCGACGGCGCCGCGUUCGUGCGCGGCUACGCGGCUUUGAAGGCACGCGGCCUCGUCUUCGAGAACCGGCGGUUUCUGCAAUUCACGUGUCGCGCGGCGUCCUCGAUGGGCGCCGGGCGCCGCCCAUACGCCAUCGCCGCGACCGAACACACUCCCUCGUCGCCGUCGACGCGGCCGGCCGUCUCAUGGUCUCGCGCGCAGGUACGGAACGCUCGCGGACGCCAUGAAACACGACGAGUUCCGCGUCAAGGACAUCGCCGGAAAUGACAAUCAAAUUGUCUACGAGCUCGAACACGAGGUCCGGACGCUCAGGCAUCCGGGCUUCGUCGCCAAGCGAUGGACAAGACAAGAGCUCUAGUAACGGGGCAAAUUUUUCUUUACUAACGAUCUAGUUGGGGGUCAGGACGAAAGCGAGU